UCACGCCACUGAAACACAGCGGUCAGCAGCAGCAGAGAUCAGUGAUCAGCGAUCAGCGAACAAAAUCGAGAGAUACGUUGUGCUUGUGCUGUAUCUAUCAGAUACGGAUACGUAGCUGAAACUGGCUAUUGGCUAUUGCCAUAUACGUAACCCUGCUUGAUGCAUUCUGUAUAAUUUGAGGCAAACCACAGAGCACGCAGCUCCCAUCUUCAUUUCAGUUCAGUUCGGUUCGGUGCGUCCUCGUCCAGAGUCAACAUGGGUCUGGCCUCCACUACAGUGAAGCAUCUGCUACUGUUGCUCAAUUUCGUGUUUGCCGUGCUGGGACUGGUGCUGAUUGCCUUUGGAAUUUUCUUUUUGAUCAGCGCCGCCGAGAAUGCAGUCAGCAUUGGUGAGAACGUGGCCGGGGGCCUAAUUAUUGGCCUGGGCGCUGUCAUACUGAUCAUAGCGGUCUUUGGCUGCCUGGCGGCCAUUCACGAGUCCCCAGUCAGGCUCUUGAUUUAUGUGGGAGUUGUGGUGCUGCUGAUCCUCACCCAGCUGCUGUUCCUCAGCAUGGCCUCGCACGGCACCAAGGACGGUAUCUCGGGCAGCAUCAACGAGGGCUUCGAUCGCCUCUGGGAGGCGGAGCGCAACGAGUCCGGCGCCCUGGCCUACUACGAGAACUGGCUGCACUGCUGCGGGGUGAACAGCUCCGAGGACUACUGGAUCAUCCACCAUGCCAUACCCUCUAGCUGUUGCCUGGACAACAAGUGCGUGGACAGUACGAGUGUCUACAAGGCCGGCUGCAAGGCCGAGUUUGUGGAGUAUCUCGAUGGCAAGCUUUUGGUGUUCAAGAUCGUCUGCUGGCUGCUCAUCAUCGGCGAGGCUGUUGGGGCUGUGUUCGGCUGGCUGCUGUACAGCAGCGUCAAGAACCAGAGUCGACGCAACAAUGCGGUCUGGAUGUGAGGCACAUCUUAAGUUACAUAAGUAUUAAAUUAAGAUAAAUAACAAUAAUACAAACUGGUUUCUAAUCACUCCUGUACUCUGUACUUUUUGCAACUCAACACAAACUAAUGAGCAAUUUAGUAAUCGUUUAAUUCUGUAAUAUGUCUCAAGUACUCACAGUUUCAAAGUAAAAGUUGUUCUGAUCUAAUGUCAUGUGCUCUCUGUUGAGUGCUCUCUUGGGGAGUGCUCUCUUGUGGGAAUCAGCGGAUGCAUAAAAAGACGAAAGCAGCUCAAAAGCU